UGUAUGUGUCAAAUUAGAAAUCAAAAAUGUCAGCAUGCUCACUUAAUUUUAACAGUCGAUUUAUCUGCAAAGCUAACAUUGUUAUCGAUAAGUUCGGUUGCAUCCUUGAACUGGAAUAACAAACCGCGCCACGACCGGCAAGUUGCUGCCUAACAAUUGAGCGAAGAACAAACAAAUAAAAUCCUCACCAUGUCCAACGCAGCAAUGUUGAGCUGCAAGUUGGCGCUGUUCAGACGAUGUGUCCGCGCCGUGCUCCUCAGUGUGGCAGUUCAAUUUCUGCUGCUGGCAAUAUUUCUGCUUUUCGUCAACUUUGAAUUGUGGCAUCCACUGCAAUGGGUGGCGGGAACCUUGCGUCUGGUGUGCAGCUUCUACACGUGGUUUGCCAGCAUUCCGCUUAUUGGUGCCGUCGUGCUCUACGGCAUUACGCUGUCCCAGCAACAUCUCGCCGAGCGUCGCUAUUGCAGUACUCGAUAUCGCUGGAUACUCAACAAUGGACCCAGGAAGCUGUUGUUCCUAGGUGCACAUCUGUUGGUUGGUUAUCUGACAGCCUGGCUCUACACUGGCUACCUCCACAGUGACUAUCGUCACCUGCUAUAUCGUUGUUAUGGCCGGGAUUGUCUCAGCUCCUACCACGUCUAUCUACUCGGCAUGGGCAUUGCUGCCGGCUGCUAUUACUUUGUGUCCGUGCAUCUGCACUACGAGGUGACCAUCGACUACCCUAUCGUCGAGCAAUCGAGUCCAAAAAAGCUGCGUGAGCUGCUCUUCGCCACACUGAAGACUGCGCCCAUCAAUUCGUUGUUGCCCACGCUGAGCUAUUCGCUGAUAUUUGCACUGCUGGGUAGCUUUGCGAGGCAGCGCUUCAGCCACUUACUGGGUGUGGAUGCGGACGAUCGUCUAGUGAGCAUCUUGGAUGUGGCCAGUAAUGUGCGUUGUCUAUUCUACGCCUGGCUGCUCAGCUCUCAGAUACUAAGCAAUAUGCAUCUGAUGAAACGCUUCUAUGCCAUGCUGCUGUCCGAGGAGCUACCGUUGAUUGUGUCGCGCAAUCGUUUGGCCAGCGACAAACAGCCAGAGGUUACCGUUGUGACUGGCCUUGGACUCUUCAAUAUCUAUGUGGUACAAUGUUUAGCUGCGCAUUUCCUUUAUGCCGCUUCCAAGCGAAAGGAUUCCCCGGUGCGCCGAGAGAUCUUUCAGCUAACCGAGCCCGGCAAUCGGCCAGCCAAUUGGCGCGAACUUUGCGAUCAGUGUGUCAGUAUUGUAGGCAAUUUUACGGAUGAGCUCAGUGAUUCCAUGCGACAUAUCAGUGUGAUCAAAGGGAGCGAGCAGCAUCUCACAACUGCCCACAGUGACAUUAAUGCCGCUCUCCUGGCAGAGAAGGUGCUACUGCGUCAGUACAAUCAACUGUAUGGCAUUCGUUCAGCGGUUGCCCCAUCCAGUGAGACAUCGCCUGAGCCCCGCCAUCAGCAAUGGAAUGCAAAGCCACAAGAUGGCAUACGACACGUGCCCUCUUGGUGCGAACGUCUCUCCACGCAGUUAGAAGAGUCGUUACAACGCGUAUUGCGACGCAUUCCCGGCAUAGUUUAUCUAUUUGGCGAGUCCGAGGGCGCCAAGACACUGUUUCUUGUGGAGCACUCGCUGCCCAUUGUGUGGAUAACCCAGGCGCUGGCUCACAUCUGCGUCGCCUCGCUCAAGGAGGAUCGUUAUGGCGUUGUGCAGGAUGAUCUACCGACGAUUAUCAAGGCGCUUCAUCGCUUAAAGUGCGAACUAGAUAAAUUGAGCAGCAGCAACACGAGCAACUUAAAAGCAGCCACAGUCAGCUUCAAUUAUCUACGUUGUGCAGUGCGACGCAGUCUUUAUAAUGUCUGCAAUUCAUUCUAUGAUUAUCUGGAGGAUAUUAUGACACCAGGAGAGGAACUCCGUCAGCUGCAGUCCUUUGUGCAUCACGGAUAA